CUUUCCGGCCGUCUCCAUGACAGCGGGGGAGGUGGGGACGGUUAAGGCGUCGUGGAGACCAUGGUGGGCAGUUGCCUUCCUUUUCGAAGGCGGCGAGGCUGAAGGUAAACUAGUGAUAAAACUGGGGCAAGCAACUGGAAAUGUCAUCCUAUUUGGCUCAGGAGGUUCACCUUGCUAGAAGACACAAAGAGAUACUGUCUCAGAGAUCAGAGCUGCUACAGCAGAUGGAGACUUAUCUAGGAGACAAAAAGACUAAAAAGACAUGGCAAACUCAAGCAGCUGAUGCAGCUCGUAAAAGGAAUGCAGCACUUUUAAAUGAUAUAGAAGCAGCAGAAAAAAAGCUGCAAGAAAGAGUGUAUUUACUUCCACAUCCCGAUACUGUUAAGUUAGAAACUCUCUAUUGGGCAUCAAUAAAAGAAUCUCUUCCCAAGUGGGAACAGUUUCUUUUAGGAAGAGCAGAAGUUCCUAUUGGUUUUACGAAAAUGAAAACUACAAAACUGAACAUAAGCUACCCUGAAGAAGAUUCACAAAAAUAAACGUUCUAGUUUCAUUUUGUUUUGUAAUUUGUAGUUUAAGCAGACGAGAUCAUCCAGAUCAGGCAACGGAGUACCAUGCCAUUAAAUUGUAAUGUAAAUCAUUUAAAUGAAAAUGAACUAUAUUGGAUAAUUUGUUUCCAUUGUCGCAUUGUGUACAAUUCUUUUUUCUGUAUUAGAGAAGCAAUGCUCAAAGGGGCUUUUAGGAUCAAAAGUGAGAAACACUGGUGUAUAGAAACCCACCAAGGCAAUUGCAUUUUCAGUAUGAGAAGAGUUUUAGGUUAUUUUUAAUCCUCCGCUUCUACAUAUAAGCACGAUAAGUAAAGACAGAUUCAUGCAUUAUCUUUCUUCACCGCCGUCAUCUGUGCUAUAUGUCUCUGUGGAUGAGGGAAAAAGGAAGAAUUUACUGGAAAGGCAGGUUGUUCACAUCAGAGUAGUCUUGGCUUAGCAACAGGAACCUGUGUAAAAACCUUCAUGAGAGCAGUUGUAGAAGGAACAUUUUGAGUUUCUGCAUCAUUUUCCCUGACUUUUGUCAUUGCCCCUUUCAUUGCUUCUACACCUCACCCCAGUAACCACUGCUGCUUUUCCCAGCCUCCUGCUGCCUACUUUGUAUUUCCUGUCUAAUGGGUGGAUAAAGACAAGAAAAACUAAACAAAUCUCUAGGGUUUUUUACUACUUCUAGUCUGCUCUUAGUGCUAUUUUCUUUACAUAGACAUAAUCUAAAAGUGAGAACUUUUGCUUAGGCACAAAAAGUUUGAAAGAAGCAAACUGAAAGGUAGCUGGCAGCAGCUGUCCAAGAACCAAGCAUAUAUAGAAGUUGAGGAGAUAGUAUUUUCAUUUUCAGCCAUUGAACAGCUCUUCUGCUUCUUCCUACAGUGGUGCAGUUAUCAGUGAGUUUUGACUGUACAGUGGGCUAACUCCGUAUGAAAAUUUCAUUGCUCUGGUGCAGUGCUUUUUAAAGUAUCAGUUCAGUGGAAGAUCAUUCCAGGUGUGUGACUUGGCCUGCAGAAAUUUAGUCCUUCCUAAGCAAAGGAAACCUAGGGGAAAAAAAAAACUUUUUUUUUUUUUUUUUUUUUUUUUUAGAAUAAGAACCUGGACUUGAGUCAAUAUAUUGUUAAAAUUUGAUCUCAUAUACAACAACAAACUUCCACCUCCAGCCUGGAAGUAGGAGGAAAAAAAAUUACCUCUGUCAGUGUUUGAGGAUAUGAAAUGUAAUUAUUACAAAUUUUUCUAGUGAACUGGUCUAUGUGUCUCCGUGCUACAUAGAGAUAUAAUUUUUUUAUAGAGAGAUAUAAUGUUUUAAUGACUUUUAUUGAAACUGGGGUACUUUUUAGCAACAUUUCUCAUAAGCGUCCUGACAGCUUUGGAUCAGUGCACUAAAAGCUUGAGUUCAUUAAGUUAAUUAGACAGAGUUAAGUUAUUCACUGAUUAGCUGUUCAUGGGGAGUUUAUGGUCCAGUCAGACCUAGAGAACUAAGUUCUACCUGAAAACUAUAGGAAGUUUGGGUAGUCUUUAAGUACCAAAAUCUGCAGACCCUGUUCUCCCUGAAAUUAGGCACUCAGUUUUGUCUGAAUUUAAAUUAGCUGAAGAAUCGCUGAUGCAAUAAAAUCAAAACUUCAGCUGUGAUAUAAAAUUGUUGUAUGUUUUCAACGGGAAUACUAAGAGUUCAUUUAAAACUUUUUCUAUUGAAGUGUCCAUUAAACUGAUAAGUUUUUACAGAAACUACCAUCUUAGAAAUAUCCUGUUGAGUGGGUGUUGGUGUUUGUAACAAUAACGUUGUUUUCAUAAUAUGUGAUGGCAGAUUAGCACGCUUCUCUGCAGUGUUGUUAACAGUUGUAAUUAAGGAAUAAACAGUAAAGGGUGUCAGUCCGAUGACAAUUUCAUCUAUAGUGUCACAAUACAAAAUGUCACAAAAUAUUAGAACUGUUAUAUAACUACAAAAAUAUCAAAUUAGGCUUUCAUCUUACAAGCAGAGAGUUUAAAAAAAAAACCUGGCAUAGAGACCAUUGCAAUUUUAUACCUACUCAGUGUUCUGUCACAAAGACAACUUGGUAAUAUUUUCUUCUGUAAAAUCACAAUGUGGUUCUCAAUCUGAUUUAGCGGGAAUGUGUAUGGAUCUUAGAAUUGUAGAGCUCACAUUUAAAAAGCAAAUAAUUGGACCCAGUUGAGCAGACAAGAAGGAAAAAGCUAUUACGCACCAUACCAAAAAUGAAGGGAUGGGUGAGCAGUUAGUUGCUAACAAAGACUAGGAUUCAUCCUGGUGUUUGCAUCCAAAGUGAAAUCACUUAAACUGAAAUCUGGGCCCCUAAGUACUUUAUACGUGUGCAUAAUCUGGGUCUUUAUCUCUUUGGACUCCGCCUAAACACUGGGACACAAUGCAGAUGCUCACUAUCUCCUUGCCCCCUUUGAUUUCCCAUGGAACGAAAGCUGAGCGUGUGGACUAUGAGGGCAUGGUAGCUGGAUGAGUGGGGAUUUGGGAGCGUGCUGUGAGAGGCACCUGCAAGCAGUGUUAGUGUCAUUUCUGUGCUACCGUUAACUGCUCGGAUACUGUGUUUCUGAUUAUUUUGCUAGUCUAGUUGUGUGAAGAAAUUAAGAUUGAAAUUAAAUUAUCUUCUUUUCGAAGAAGGAAUUUUUUUUUUUCUUCCUGCAGCAUAGCUUUAGGAGCAAUAGGGUAGCUAACGCAUGGAAAAUUAUAUAGGAAUAUAUCCAGAAAAGGAAAAAAUGAAGAGAAACAUUUAAAGCAGGAAUGUGUAUAGGUGAGUGCUCUCAGAGACAAGAGCCGUCAUGUUAGCCUGUGGUCUGAUAUAAAUAAAUGCAAUUACAUACGACUGUGAAACAGCACAGCAGUAGGGGCAGGGAAGCACACAGCAGGGCUAUUAAGGUACAGGAGCAAGUGUUUCCUGGUUUGGCACAGACCUCGGGACAAGCAGUGGCAGGGAACACGAUUAUAUGGUAUCUCUUGUUAGAUUUGUUGAGUGCACAGUUUCUACUAUGGCUGAGCUAGUUUGCCACUUGUAUUUCUAUGGCUACAAAUUUGAGAAAGCAAAUGUUAGUUAAGCCUAAGUGUUUAAAAACCAAAGGGGUUUUUUUGUUGUGUUUUUUUUUUUAAUCCCAAAACCUGAUUGAUACCAAUAGGGUUUAAUGUCAGCUUUAAAUGAGAUCUUGAAUGGAUAUUCUUUAAGUCAAGGCUAUUACUUCAAACAUAUUGAUUCUAUGUAGUUAUCCCCCAUCUCAUCCCAAGCUUUUCUAUGUGUAUAAUAUAUAUAUCAUGUGUAUAUAUAUAUCUAUCUUAUGUUAUUUCCUUCCCAUCUUGGGUAAAUGUUUUGUUUCUCCUCAGAACAUAAUCUGCUACUCUGCAUUCUUGACUUGCUGCUCUCCCUUUUGUGCUAAAAUACCUGUAUGUGUAAACUGCAGUGGUCCUAAGAGCCUGUUGCUGCUUCUGCUUUUCUGGUGGGUAGGGGAAAGCAAUUAAGAGGAGCAGUAAGGAAAACCGAAGGUUUUGCCUCUUUGUAAAUUAAUCUUUGAGUGUCUUACACGAAGAAAUAAUUAAUCAUCCUUUUUUAGGUUUAUGCACAGAUGAGUAACCACAGUACUAACCUAGGAGCACAGCCUGUUCACCCAUCUUGUCACCUCUACCAUCACAUUCCCGAGUUUUUUACUUUCUCAGUUAUUCUGGCUGUGGGGGCAGUAGCAGAAGGCAUGUUAGUUUUCCCUAGGAUAAGAAAUUUCUUACUCUGCAGAAUCUUUCUCAAGCCUAUUAAUUUCAUUUGAGAGUACAUAUGAAAUAAUAAGAGGGUUUAGAUGUGUGAUAUUUGACACUUGCUAUGGUAUCCUCUUGAUUGUAUUUAUUCAGGGUCAUGUUUUCAUAGAAGUUGGGAGCUAUAUUUUAGGCUGAGCUCAUAGUUCUUCAUUCCUGUCUUUUUCAUUUACAUAGAGCAGGUCAUGGAUGUAGAUGCUCAGCUGGAGCUUGUUGGUACUGAAAAAUAGGAAAACCAAAUUUGAAAUGGAAUGUACUUUUAGAGGUUACAUUUGAAAGAAAACAUUAUUUACUCCAUAAUGGUAAUUUUCAUAAUAUUUUAAUAGUUGUGUUCAGAUACAACUUGACCUUAAAUAUCACCCCAAAUGCAAGCUGUUUUAACAUAUUUGUAAUGCUAAGGUCUUCAUUACUGUAAUAUUCUGUUUGCUCAAGGAUUAUAAUCCAUGGAUAUACUG